AAGUGCUACGUGAUGAAAUGGCGUCGAAAGUGUAGGAGUAGCUUGAUUUCUUUAUAAAAUACGAGAUAAAGUUACAGUUGAAAGUGUUUUAUUUACUUUAACAAUUUUGUUUAAUGUUGUAUUCAUAGUAUUAAUAUACGCGUAACACUCUUGAGAAUCAUCUUAACGUAAUUGUAAGAGUGCAAUGUCCGAGGAGACAGAUCGGCAUGGUGAGACGGCGAGCGCGAGCGAUGGCGUCACGAGUCCGUCGCGAGUGGUGUUGACCUCACAUCAAUUGGACUCAAGUAGCGUUGAGACACUUCGCACCGCGUGGAGAAACCAGGACUUGUACAUAGACCAUCUCGAAACGUUGAACAAACAGCUGGAAGGAAGUUUGGAAAAAGCGAAAGAGAUAGAAGAUAGGAAUAAACAACAAUAUGCAGAAUCACAACACAGAGAGAAGGUACUUGUUAGACGAUUAGCUGCUAAGGAACAAGAAAUUCAGGAUUAUGUAAGUCAGAUAAAUGAAUUAAAAUCAUCACACGCGAGUCUCCAAGGACGGCCUACACUUCUAGACCCGGCUGUAAAUGUGUUAAUUUUAAGAUUAAAACAAGAGCUGACAUCAACAAAGGCAAGAUUAGAGGAGACUCAGAACGAACUAUCUGCGUGGAAGUUCACCCCAGACUCGAAUACAGGGAAGAAACUGAUGGCUAAAUGUAGACUGUUGCAUCAGGAAAAUGAAGACCUAGGCAGAAUGACGUCCAGUGGCAGGAUAGCUAAGCUUGAAGGUGAUCUUGCGUUACAGAAAAGUUUUAGUGAGGAAGUAAAGAAGUCACAAUCAGAGUUAGAUGAGUUCCUACAAGAGUUAGACGAAGAUGUGGAAGGUAUGCAGAGUACAGUGUUGUUCCUGCAACGUGAACUGCGCGCGACGCACACCACAGUGAACGGCAACAGGCCCUCAUCUCCUCCGGACAAACGGACUUACUCGGGCAGUGAGUGCAGCGACACGCCCGUCGGCAAGAGGAGACGGGCCUCAGUGUUAUCUUUAGACUACAACGAGGAAGAGGAACCGUUAACAGUGACAAAUGGGGAUGCGGACUAGCCCAGGACCCCAGUGUUCUACAGAACACGUCGUCUCAAUAUGAACUAGUGGAAAUUGUGAAAUAAUAUCUUGUUAAGCAUAAUUACGGAUUUGUUGCAUGGAUAAAUUUAUUAAUGAUUAUAUGUGAGUGAUACACUUUAGUGUCCGGUCACACAUAUUUGUGAAUACUUCGAUAUAAUGAAGUGUAUUAAAAAAAAAACUUACGUACUUUAAUUGGAAGACAAAAUUAAUUAGACAUGUAUGUGUCGUGUUAGAUGGUGUCUGAUGUGAUUACGAGACAGACGUAAUGGAAAAGUAUAGUUUGCGUUUAAAGCACAACAGUGGACCAUGUGAUCAGAUAGUGUUUUUGACAUUGUUUUUUAUAUACUUGAAUAACUAAGCAAGACACUGAGAUGACAUAUAAUUUAUUUAUGUUAAAUGCAUUACUUGUGAUAAAUAUAUAUAAAAAGAAUAUAGUAUAUGAGCAACAAAACGGAAUAAAUGUAUAUGAAUUGCUGUAUAAUUUUUUUUUACAUGCCUUAAUUGUGAUUUGAUGCCAGGAUUUAGCCGUGUUUCAUCACAUCUAAUAUU